AUGGGGAAGCAGAACAGCAAGCUCCGUCCUGAGGUGAUGCAGGACCUGCUCGAGAGCACCGACUUUACCGAGCAUGAGAUCCAGGAGUGGUACAAGGGCUUCCUGAGGGACUGCCCCAGUGGGAACCUUUCCAUGGAGGAGUUCAAAAAGAUCUAUGGCAACUUCUUCCCUUAUGGAGACGCUUCAAAGUUCGCUGAGCAUGUCUUUCGCACAUUUGACGCUAAUGGUGAUGGGACAAUAGACUUCCGGGAGUUUAUCAUCGCACUAAGUGUGACAUCACGUGGCAAGCUGGAGCAGAAGCUGAAAUGGGCAUUCAGUAUGUAUGACCUGGAUGGGAACGGGUACAUCAGUAAAGCUGAGAUGCUGGAGAUUGUUCAGGCAAUCUAUAAGAUGGUAUCCUCAGUGAUGAAGAUGCCUGAGGACGAGUCGACACCUGAGAAGAGGACAGAGAAGAUCUUCAGGCAGAUGGACACCAACAGAGAUGGCAAGCUGUCUCUGGAGGAGUUCAUCAAAGGAGCUAAGAGCGACCCUUCCAUCGUCCGCCUGUUGCAGUGCGACCCCAGCAGUGCUGGACAGUUCUAAACCUGAGGCAUCAUCAUUACCUUGCUGCUUUGGGUGACUAAAUGCCCUUAACUCUCCACUAUGGAGCAGUCUGAUGAUGAAGAAUGACAAGCUGAUAAUGAAGAUGAAAACAGGCCUUCACUUUGCCCUGAGGACUUCACAGUGGGCACAGGAGCCACAUUCUGCAGUUUCCCCCCUCGAGCCCUUCAUCCAAACCCUCCACACCCAACCGACGACUGAACCUGAAGACUGUCCAAACCCUCAGCAGGUUAUCAACCCCACUGAUUAGAAUUGACUGGACAUGUCAGAGUAUAAAGACGGUCUAUAGUAGGUUGUAUAUAUACAGUAUAAACUGGAGUCUCUGUAUCGGUGUCUUUGCUUGGCUCUCUGUGCCCUCUGAGGCUCCGGCCUGGGCAACACAGAGCCUCUCACUCUAACAUGUAUCAUAGACAGAGUGUGUACAUGAGACAACGAGAGAGCGAGAGAGAGAGAGAGAGAGAGAUGGUGUAGAACAACAGGGCUUACUGUAGGUGAAAUAUGCGAAUCUACAGAGAGGACUUGUGAAGUUCGUCCUUCACUCAGAAUGUGUACUGCUUUUACUUUCCUCUUUUCUACUGUGAGAAUGUGUGUUUGUGUAACUUGAUAGACUUUGUUUCAUAUUUCGUGCUGGGAUGACCUGAACAUGUAAUAUUAUGCUACUAUGCAUAUGCAUUCUAAUCAGUAGUUUGAUUUCGUGACAUCUCACUGAUAUAAUGAAGGAUGAAACACAUCCCUUUAUCCAUUAUCUGUUCCAGUGAUUUUUCAUGUCAGUAAGAAUAUGACAAAGAAUUUGAGUCACGAUGUGUUACUGCGCUCUAGCUUAAGGUGGAAUAGAAAACCUUGUAGAUAUUGUAAAGUGCACCUGAAUCUGUAAAGCAAGUGCCCAUCACCUAGAAUGCUCAGUUCAAAAGAAAUAUUACAAAAGUUGUUUUUUAAAUUUUAUUUUGACUGUUGCAGGAUAUCAAGCAUGCAAACCAGUUUCUUUUUGACAUUUACUAUGUGAAGAACAAAGACUCACUUCUUCACAUUUACUUUUAGAUGUUUUUAAAUGCUGCAUGUUGAGUCAGUUAGACACAGGGGUGCAUAGACUAAAUAACAUGUAUAUGACUUAUGCGCAUGUGUGUUUUUAAUGUAUGUUUUUGGCUAUCGGUGGCUAAACUGCCAGUUGCCCAUCCAGCUCUGUGCUCGCUUCUGUUAGUAUUGUCAUCAUCACUACUGCCAGUAGUUGGUGUCACUGACAGAGUAUGGCUUGCCAAAGCUGACACAUCCAGAGGUUCAUAUCAAUAACUGAAGAGGGAAACACAGAGGAGCUUUAGAAAGCCGCCGCCACAACGAACUACACACUUACUGUAAAGACAAGCUGUUCAGUGGGGCUGCUGGGAAGUCAAAGCUGAGCUUUCUUCUGUUUCACUUGAGCUCAGUAUCAAAGUCACCAUCCAGCUGGAUGCGUAAAUAGGGCCCAAACACAGAGUAUACUUCCAACUAAAUGGCAUAUACAUAAUUUAAAGUAUAUCUGUACAAUGUAUGGCAUGAUGGGUCACACAUCAGCAUAAGUGCUGGUGUCCCUCUAAUAACAUUACAUGAAUUAACAUUUUGGCCUCGUCUCUUCUCCCUCCUUUCUUGGUUCAGGUGUGAUAAAAAAAAAA